GAAAGCUUCAUUUGACUUUGAAGUUUUGCUACGGAAUGGAUGGUGGAUUUUUCGUUCCAAACAAAGUAAAACCGCCCAAAAAUGUGCAUGAGGUAGUUCAAAGUUUAAAAGUGUGGCUAUUUUAAAAAGUGCGAACGUGAUUUAGUGCUAAAUUAUUGUUUUAUUGUGAAUAUUUUAGUGUCUUUUGUAGUGAUGUUGUAACCAAAAAGUCGCUUCAAAAUGGACGCACGCAUUCAGCCCCAAAGCUCAAUUUGUAGUGAUUCGAAUGGGGAGGAAAAUUCGGGAAAUGAUGCUGCCUCAGUAACAAGCAAUCGAAGAAUAUGUUUGGUGGGAAAUCUGGCAGAAAAUGUUGCACUUCGAACUGUAGCAGAAUCAUUUCGUGUGCCGGUUGUGAGUUCAGGAGAUGGAAAAGACUGUAUCCAAGAAGAUUGUUAUGGCACAAUUUUUGUGUUAGAACAAUUUGACGGAGAUGUAUAUAGUUGUUUAUGUAAACAAAAACAGUCCCUUUUGGGUCCCGUGGCUCUUCAGCAGUUGGCCAAUAAAAAUGAAUCACUUCCUGACAAUACUAGACCACUUUUUAAUCUAUCCAUGACGGGUGUUGUGGUGUGUUUUACCGGAUUCCGGGACAAAAAUGAUCUGGCUUCAUUAGUGCCAUUAAUCCACAACAUGGGUGGAUCCAUUAGAAAAAAUAUUUCACAGAAAGUCACACAUCUUAUUGCGAAUGUGUGCGGUGGUGAAAAAUAUCGUUAUGCAGCCAUUUUUAGGGUGCCUGUUAUGGACCCGCAAUGGGUUUACGCCAGUUGGCAGAAAAGAAACGAAAUGAAUUUCAGUGCUACUUUAGAUGUAUUUGUGGCGGAGUUCAAGCUGAAACCGUUCCAUGGAGCAAAAGUUUGUUUUAUAGGAUUCGCAGAGGAUGAGAAGAAACACAUGACUGAUAUUUUAUUAUCUAAUGGUGGUACCGUUUCCUCAUUAGAUGAUCCACAAUGUACUCACGUGGUAAUGGAACAUGCAGAAGUCUACACACUAGAAGCCGCUAGUGCACAGCUUUCUCCCACCGAACCUCAAGCUCCUUCUUUACCUGAUCCCCCUGACGAUAAUUUAAAUUACAACGGUUUUCUGGAAACCUUACACGAAAAGUCUCGUGACAAUUGCAUCGAUGAUGUGGAAAAAUCGCUUAAUUUAAGCCCGUCCGAAUAUUCUUCAAGUACUCGUAAGAGGAAAAAUUCGUCAGCUGAUCAAUCUUCCGUUAAAAGCAAACGCAGGAAAGAUAAAUGUGCGAGUGAGAAAAAAAGUAAAGUGUCGGGCAUUUUUAAAACGCCUUUGAACUAUUUUUCAAAUCGUCGCCGCACAAUCGAUGCUUCUAGUUUCAGUGAAACUCUAAACCAGAGUGUCAUUUCCAGUUCGGGUGUGUUUAAUGUAGAGGCUAUUGAAAAUUUGAGCAUUUUAAGUGACAGUACGUUUAAUACCCCAAAGUCGACUAAAAAGCAGAAGAAAAAUCUGUUUGUGAGAACGUUCAGCUCAUCAAAAUUUACACGAACAAAAUUGAAGAAAUCUAAUUUGAAUGCUACGCGUUUAUCGUUUGACGAACAUUCUGACCAGGAUGGAAAUGAACCGUUGAAUGCCAGUUGUUUUCCUAAUAUUUCCCUGAAUCCUGUAUCUCAUAGUGAGCUUCGCAGUGAUUGCACCAAGGAUGCUCGUGGACCUUCUGUGCCUACUCUAUCGGUUGUUGAUGAAUCGUCCGUCUCAGAACGACCAGAAACGAGUUCUGCAAAAAUUUUCGUCGUCAAAGCUGAGUGGUUUUGGACCUCAGUUCAAAAAGAAACAUGUCUGGAGGAAAAAGAGUAUCUCUACGACGACUACGUCGAACAAACGUUUUCUCCUACACGAAGAGAAUCGCAUGCAGCUACACCCACUAGUGCUAGUAGGCGGAAACGAAAACGUCUGCACGAGGCUGUUUUGUCGUUGACACAUCAGCAGUCACCAGUGUCUGGUUCUUUCCUAGACUGCACCGCAAGUCCUGACAAGGCGUUAGUAGAUGGCACCGAGCCUGCUAUCGAUACGCCGAGGAAAGGGUCGACUGCCAGGCAGCAGGUCUUCCUGGAGUUGCUUCAGACUGAGUGCAACUAUGUGCACAUUUUGCAUACUAUCAUGACCAUGUUUAAAAAGCAUUUAGAAGAAAUGCCAGAAGAGGAAGCGUUGAUUAACAACACGGAACUUAAUUUAAUAUUUGGCAAAGUUCCCGCCAUAUAUGAAACACAUGUGCGAAUGCGCGAUGAGUUUCGGUGUUUGGCUUCGUCUUGGUCAGAAGAUUACACCAUAGGCAGUAUAAUUCAAAAAUACUCGAAAGAUUUACUGAAAGCAUAUCCACCCUAUAUCAAUUACUUUGAAGAGGUAAAGGAAGUAUUGACCAAAUGUGACAACAACAAACCAAGAUUUCACGCAUUCUUGAAGGCAUGUCAAACAAAACCAGAAUGCGGCCGACAAAGUUUGCAGGAAUUAAUGAUACGUCCUGUGCAACGGUUAGGAAGUAUUUGUCUGCUGUUAGCAAAUCUUUUGAAAAACACACCAAAGUCGAAUCCAGAUCAUAUAGAACUGUCACGAGCCCUAGAUGCUUUAAAGGAGGGCAUGGAUUCGAUUAAUGAAGACAAGAGGAAGGCAGAAGCACAAGUUGCACUGUUUAACAUGUUUAAUGACAUUGAUAAUUGUCCGCCUGAUAUUGUUUGUUCACAUCGCAAGUUUAUAGCGAAGGCGGAAGUAAUUCAGGUAUCAACAACGGAAGGACUGUCAAGCAAAGGAAACUCUUUGAUUCUCUUCCUCUUCUCUGAUCUGGUGGAAGUGUGUAAAAAGAAGUCGAAGGCUUUUAAUAAUCCAAAAAGCCCCAGUGGCGUGAACACGCUGCAGAGGCCAAAAUUUUACAAACACGUCAAAUUACUACCGUUAAAUACUAUUAAAAAAGUAAUAGACAUCAAAGAAACGGAACAGUGCCAAAAGGUAUUUUGUUUAGUUUGUCGAAAUAACGACGAACUAAAAGAACGGGUUUAUUCGUUUGCGAUGCCUGAUGAAGAAUCUGACAAAACAGGGUUCUUACGAACCUUAACUAAACAGAUGGCGAAUAAUGCAUGUACACCGGAUGCUGAUAAGUUCUUAGCUUCUCUAGAAUCUCACCAGUUGGACAUCGAUUUGUCAGAUAUGAACAAAGGCACUUUAACAAAAGCAUUUAAGUUUGCUACUCGCACAAAGUUAAAAGUGGGUCGUGCUUUCUCUUUUAAUAAAACACCUUCCAAGUUGAAACGUGCAGUUUCCUCCAUGAUGUCCCCAUUUGGUAGCUCAAAUAAUCUUACCCCGUCGUCAGAGCUAGCUCAAAUGAGGCUAGCUAGUUAUAAUAAUAUAAGUGAAUUAGGAAAUGCCGAAAAUGCUUCCGAAUCUCCUCCUACCGCUCCAAUGUCAGUACAGCCAACUCGAAAAAUGAAGACAGCCUCUUUAACUGUAAAUGCUAUGAAGCGAAUGUAAUGUUAAACGUUUUACUUUUUUAAUAUAUUUUAUUCAGUCAGAUAUAUUUGUACAUAAGUUUAAUAUAAUGAUCAACAUGUCGAAAUGUUUUAUUUCAGUAUCCCAAGAUAUGUGAUUACACUUUUAUUUACGUAGUUUUAUCAAUUCUAAAUUUUAUAAAUUUGCAUUAUGUACAUCUCAUUCAGGAGUAUUUGUAUUAUAUUUAUUGAAACAAGUUUGUAAUGUAUGAUUGUAAGAAGUGGUAAUCCACUUUGUAAGUGAUACUGUUAAAAAAUAAAAAUAUUUUACUGUA